AUGCGUGCAAUCGAUAUCACAGAGAUGUCAAAAUAUGAAAAAAUAGCCGAUGUCUUACUCGAGAAUUGUGAUCAACCAUCAAAAUAUGAUCUCGUCGCUCCAAUAGUUCAAUGUGAUUUUGCUGAAUUUCCAAAUACGCUACAGAUUCCGCCUUUCGUACGUCGACAACAACGUUAUUCUGACCAACAAAAUGGAACAUCGAAUUUGAAAUGUUAUCGUAUUCGAGACUUUCAACGGAUAACACUUGCCCAAACAGCCUGUGCUAUAAGUAAUGCUUGUGAAGCUCGUGGAUGCACUUGGAAUGUUCCAAGUGAAUCUGGUUAUGCAGCUUGUUAUGUACCAAAAGAAAAAGGUGGUUAUGCAAAUCCACAUAGUCGUAUUCAAUUGAAUGAAUCAAUAUCAAAUAUAAAACAACUUGUAACAACUCAAUCAAAUGAAUUUUCAUUAUAUGGUGAAGAUAUUGAUCGUUUAAAUGUUCAAGUAAGUGUAUCAGGUCCUGAUAUGAUACGUUUAACAAUUCGUGAUGCUGAUAAACAACGUUAUGAAGUUCCUGUACCAAUACGAUGGCAAGCAACAUUACCAGCAUCAUCUAUUAAAGCUAAAAUAAAAUUUGAAAUGACAAAAACAAUAAAUGGACAAGUUGGUUUUCGUGUAAAACGUACAGAUACACAAUCAAUUAUAUUUGAUACAUCAUUUUUUGCUGAAGGUUUUAUUUAUGAGGAUAAAUAUAUUCAAUUUAUAACAACAAUUCCAUCAAGAAAUGUUUAUGGUUUUGGAAAAAAUGAAAAUUUAUAUGGUACACAACCAUUUUAUAUUGCUAUUGAAGAAGAUGGACAAACAUUUGGUGUUUUAAUAUUUAAUUCAAAUGCACAAGAUUAUAAAUUAGAUGAAUUUGAAGAUAAUAAAUCGAUGCUUACAUAUCGAACACUUGGAGGUAUUUUAGAUAUAUUAUUUUUUGCUGGACCACGUCCCGAAGAUGUUAUUCGACAAUAUGAAUCUGUUAUUGGUCAUCCUUAUAUGCCACCAUAUUGGUCAUUAGGUUUUCAACUUUGUCGUUAUGGUUAUGAUACACUUGAUAAUAUGCGUGCAGCUAUGCAAAGAACUUUAGAUGGACAUAUUCCACUUGAUGUUAUGUAUGGUGAUAUUGAUUAUUUUCGAAAUCAACUUGAUUUUACUUGGGAUCCAGUUUGUUUUAAUGGUUUACCAGAAUAUGUUGAUUGGUUACAUACACAAGGAAUGAGAUUUAUUACAAUUCUUGAUCCAGCUAUUGAUUCUGAAGAACCAAGUUAUGAUGUUUUUACAGAAGGACAAAAAGAUGAUAUUUGGGUUAAAUGGCCUCAAAAUAAAAAUCUUCAAUUUAAUGAAACAAAAAUAGAAAUAUGGUUGGAUAUGUAUGGCCUAUUGGUAAGUUUAUGCUUUUAA